CCCUUGACUAUUGCAGAUGUAAGCUGCAUCAAAAGAUCACAUUAACCACUGAUAGGAAUUAUAAGUCUUUCAGUUUCAGUAGCAGAGCUUCAGCUUCAAGCCAUUAACCAAAAUCAUGGCUCUUAUCAUCUCAUCAGGGAAUUGCAAUCUCCUGCUAUUUCCAAAACUUUGUAACUAUUUUAUUCUCUUUCAGGGCUCAGCAGUCUAUUGUUUCUUGCUUUUAUUACUAGUCCUCCCUCCUUCAACAUCAGUGAGCUUCAACUUUUCCAGUUUCAAUCCAUCAGUAUUUUACAACAUCAUCAAGACUCAGGGAGAUGCAUCACCCUCUGGUUCAAUCAUCGACCUCACACGAAAUCGAAGGGAGCAAUCGGUUGGUAAUAGUGUUGGUGGAGUGUAUUAUAAUGAUCCAGUUCAGCUCUGGGACAUGAAGACCGGAAACCUUACCAACUUCACCACCCAUUUCUCCUUCACCAUCGGAAAUGCCUCAACAGACUGUUCUAAUACUUGCUUUGGAGAUGGCCUUGCUUUCUUCCUUGCUCCUAACACUUCAGUAAUCCAAGAUUAUAAUGGAGGUGGUGGUCUUGGUCUUUUCAACAACACAGUACCUGGUAACACUCCUCUUAUGCCAACGAAUAAUUCAAUCAUUGCAGUGGAGUUCGAUAGUUAUCAGAAUUCAUGGGACCCAGAUAACAAUCACAUUGGUAUCGACAUCUCUUCAGUCAAAUCUGUAAUCAAUACCUCAUGUGAUUUUGAUCUUUGGUAUUCCAUGAGAAAACAUAGUGCACCCUGGGAGGCUUGGGUUGUUUAUGAUUCAACUUCCCUAAAUUUGAGUGUUGUAUUGACUGGUUGUAUUGCUCAUAAUGCUACUUCUUAUUGUCGGAGCUGUAGCCUUGACUAUAUUGUUGAUCUCAAGGAAUAUCUUCCAGAACAUGUCUUUGUUGGGUUCUCUUCAUCCACUGGAUCUUCCGCCGAGCUACAUCAGCUCAACUCCUGGGACUUCAGUUCCAGUUUGGUCUUCAGUUCCAGUUUGGAGAUUAACAAUUCGAACAAUAUCGGGAUAGUGGUGGGAUUGUCUGUGGGUGGAGCUGUGGCCAUGAUUACUGUCUUGGGUUUGUUUUGGUUUAUCAGGCGGAGAAAGAAACAACAAAGAAAAGCAGAGGAUGAUGUGCUCUUAGAUCUGCCCACAGGCCCUAGAGAGUUCACGUUUGCUGAAUUGGCUCGAGCAACUAGGAACUUUGAUGAGGAACAAAAGCUCGGAGAGGGAGGAUUUGGAGGUGUUUACAGAGGCUUCUUGAGUGAUCUCAACAAGGAUAUUGCUGUGAAGAGGAUCUCUAAGGGGUCUAAACAAGGGAAAAAGGAAUAUGCAUCGGAGGUGAAGAUCAUUAGUCGAUUGCGGCAUAGGAAGCUUGUGCAACUUAUUGGUUGGUGCCACCAACAGAAAGAGCUACUUCUUGUGUAUGAAUUCAUGCCUAAUGGAAGCCUUGAUUUCCAUCUAUUUCGAAAUAGAGGGUCCUUGACAUGGGAUUUGAGGUACAAGAUAGCUCUCGACUUAGCCUCUGCAUUACAAUAUUUGCACGAAGGGUGGGAACAAUGCAUCGUCCACAGGGAUAUCAAAUCCAGCAACGUAAUUCUAGAUACCAGUUUCAAUGCUAAACUUGGGGAUUUCGGUCUGGCUAGGCUUGUGGAACAUGAGGAAGAGUCACAAGCAACCAUCAAUACUAUAGUUGGUACCAUAGAAGGCAAUAAUAUGGUGUCACAAACAACUGGUGUAGCUGGUACCAUGGGAUAUAUGGCACCUGAAUAUUUUCAGACUGGGAGGGCUACCAAAGAGACUGAUAUCUAUAGCUUUGGCAUUGUUCUCUUGGAAAUUGCUUGUGGGAGAAAGUCUGUUGAGAUUAAGCCUGAUCCAAGGGAAGUGAGUUUGGUAAACUGGGUUUGGGAACUCUAUGGAACAGAGAAGCAUCUUGAAGCGGCUGAUCCAAGUCGAGGUAUGGAUUUUGACAAGCGAAUAGUAGAGUGCUUGAUGAUCGUUGGGCUAUGGUGUGCUCACCCAGACUGCAAACUCCGACCUUCCAUUGAAAAAGCUAUUCAAGUUCUUCAAUUUGAUGCUCCACUGCCCAUUCUCCCAACUAAGAUGCCAGCGCCUACAUAUGGAUCCCCUCUUCCAUUCAAUAUGUCUUCUACAUUCUCGAUUUCAUCAUCGCAACCUUCGUCCAAUAGUAGCACCACUAAUUUCUCAAAGUUAAAGAGGUCUUCAUCUUCUCCCUCGAUAUCCCUCUUGAAUAAUCCACGUUAAGCAGAAAUGUAAUGCAACAUUGAAUUGCAUGUCUUCUCUUUUCAUUUCCCUCUUAACUUGAAAUUGUGUUCAGAUGACUUUUGUAUUCAAUUCUUAGCGUAUUGACAGGAUAUUUCCUCGUUUUGUUCU